CCUCUCGGAUUAACUUCUAAAACAGCGCGUAAUCCUUUUCCGAUUCUUUCACACCGCCACCGGAGUCAUAAAUUGAGUUUCAGAGGGUUUGAGAAUUUCUCUCUGAAUUACAAGAGCCUGACGACGUGCUUUCCCUCAAUAUAUUCAAGCAGUCGCCCUAACGCUACUUUCAAUUUUCGGGUAAUUUCACUUCGACCUUCUCAAUCUCUGAUCAAUUCAAUUGGAAGUAUUUAUCCGCCCCGCGGCUUCUUCUUGCUUCCGAUUCAGCCUACAGGUGAAUCAUAAUCUUAGUUUCUUAGAUUUGGUGAUUAUGGGGGGUCAUGGAGGUUUAAAUAUUCUUCCCCAAAAGCGAUGGAAUGUGUACAACUAUGAGAACAGAGAGAAAGUGCGGCGAGAUGAAGAAGCUGCAGCCAAAGAAGAACAGCUUAAACGUGAGCAGUCUAGGAAAAGGGAUGCUGAGUUUCGUCUCGAGCAGCUUCGUACUGCACGGGGUAUAGCUCCAGUAAUUGACACUACAAAGCCUGUAGAAACAGACCUGAAACCUGGUCACCUAAAUCUAUUUGAAGGCAUUAAGAUUUUUGACCCAGUUAAGAGUUCAGAGAAUGAGGGAGGUGAAGAUGGGUCUAAGAAGAAAAGGAUGAAGAAGGAAGAAGUGGAAAAAAGGGUUAUCACAGCUGAAGAUGAAAAGUAUAAGUUAGGUUAUGGUGUUGCUGGAAAGGGUGUCAAGUUGCCAUGGUACCUUGAGCGGCGUAGCAAGGAUGAUGCUGAGAGUGAUCAAAACGAUUCAUCGUCAAGAGUAGUGAGCGAAAAUGUAAAAAAAGGAGGAAAAAAGACCUUGGAAGAAUUGAGGGCCGAGCGUUUGAAACGAGAGCAGAAGGAGAAGGGAAGGGAGCGUGCUUUAAUUGCAGAGAGAAGUGGAAAGAGUGGAACAGCUUCAAGGGAAAGAGAUUCAUCAUCCAGAAGGUGGAAAUCCAGAAGAUAUGAUUCAGGUUAUCAGGAUCAUUAAUAUCAAUCUUGGUUUUAGCUCGCAGUUUCUGAAGGAUGCUGACUUCCAGUAUAUUAAGAUGAUUUCUUGAAGUACAAAUUCCAAGUGUAAAAUGUAAUUAGCAUCUUAUAAUGAAGAUGCAUUCCAAAGCUCUUAAAUGAAAAAUCCCGGAGGAUUGUUUUAUGUUCUAAGCACUCCUGAAAAUUUUGAUUCACUGUGGCUGAAAUUUAUCUGGGCACUUAUGGAAUGUGUAAUUUGCAGUUCAUCUCGACAAUAUUUGUGUACAGAUAAGGUAACGUUCAUCGAUGUC